AUGGCGGCCUCGAAGGUGAAGCAGGACAUGCCCCGGACAGGGGGCUACGCUCCGAUCGACUACAAGCGGAAUUUACCCCGUCGGGGACUGUCAGGCUACAGCAUGUUUGCCAUUGGCAUUGGGACCCUGCUCUUUGGGUAUUGGAGCAUGAUGAAGUGGAACCGAGAACGAAGGCGCCUGCUGAUCGAGGACCUGGAGACCCACAUUGCGCUGUUGCCGCUGUUACAGGCAGAGGCUGACAGGAGGGUCCUGCAGAUGCUUCGGGAGAACCUGGAGGAGGAGGCCAUCAUCAUGAAGGACGUGCCCGACUGGAAGGUGGGUGAGUCGAUGUACUAUACCACGCGCUGGGUGCAACCCGCAGUGGGUGAGCUCUAUGGACUGCGGCCGAAGGAGGAGCUUGCCAAUGCCUUGUACGGCUUCACAUGGUACACAUAG